AUGUCCAGUGAAUCUUUCCCUUCUGAAGGCUACGUCGACCUGAAAUCCGGCUGGAUCGGCAAGAAACAUCUGGUCGAUCCAACAAUUCGUCUGGCCCUCGAAGAUGGUCAUCUAGUUGUUGGUAAAAACGUCGUCGACAUCGGCUGCGGAUCAGGUUAAAUCAAUCUUUGUCUCUUCCAAGAACUUUUACUUUUCCAGGAGACAAUGCCAAAGACGUUGCUGAUCUGGGAGCCAAGAGAGCUUUCGGAUUCGACUCCUCUGAAGAAAUGAUCAGAAAAUGCCGUGAGACUUAUGAAUCCGACGAACGUCUUCGUUUCGAGGUCGCCGACGCCGUCAAUUGGGAAUCUGAUGAUGUCUACGACGUCGCUUUGGCUUUUUUCGUGCUUCAGUUUAUUCAUGAGAAGGAGAAGCUCACUGAGGUAAGAUUAAAAAAUGGUUUUCUAUCGGCUUUUCGCGAAAAUUAAGGACCUAACAAUGGUAAUAUCUGAAAAAGCCUUAUCAUAGUCAUAAUAGCCUUUUUGUAGCUCUUUGUUUUAUAUUUGAAUCGGUUUUGAUUAGAAGAAGACCAAGAAAAGUUUUCCUUUUUUGCAAGGGCAAAAGGAUCGGAGAAAGAUCUUCUUAUACAUUUUUAGAAGUAUCAAAGAGAACUUUAAGUGUUUUCAGGCCUUUCAGAAGGGUUUCUGGACUCUUGAUAUGAAUUUUGUACUGUCAGGCGUUUUUUUCGACUUCUCCCAUCAAAAACGCUUUUUUUAAAACAAUUCAGUACCUUUUGUGAAGUUACUCAUACCAUUUAUUCAGAUUUCUUCAAUCUUUUUCCCAGUUAACUUCCAAGUUUCAGGCAAUCGCCAACGUCUGCAGGAAACUUUCACGAAACGGCGUGUUUAUUGGAAUCAUUCCAGAUGGCAGGAACAGUCAUGAUCCUUUGCCUGGCGCUGGUCCCAAGUUAGGUGGAUAUUUCCCAUUUUUGUUCAAAAUUCGAAAGGAUCUUUUUAACCUGCUUUAUAUUUUUUUUUGGAAAGUUUCAGAAGAAGUAGGUAAAAAUCAGAAAAAAAAAACGAGAAUUGGUCCAAAAGUAUUGUCGCAAAAGUUUGCGCCAAGGUGGUGCGGUUUGGCGCUUAUUCCGUGAUUGUUUAACUAAUUAUAUUUUUUUCCUCAUGUAUUUUUUUCUAUCUAUAUUCCCUUUAAGUUUCGUUAUAACAAACGCGUUAUGAUCGGUUCAUUUUCACAGAAAUGGUGGCCUCUUUCUAUGACUUUUUUAAAAUAUAUUGAAGAAACUUUAGUUCUUCUUGUCAAGAUUUUUUCAAAACUCUCCCUUCUAAAUUUUUUAUAUUCCAGGAGUUGAGCUUAUUUCCCUGGAAAAAGGCGAAUAUAUCGAUGGCGAGCUGGCUCAAGUUUUUUUCUUCGACGGAGAAAGUUUUUCAUUAUUUUCUCUGAAGAAAUUAAUUUGAACAUCUUCAAGAUUCCACUUGUCACUCAACAGUAGCUCUGCAUUCGAGGCAGUUUUAUCACGACGCGUUCCAAGCAGCCGGCUUUCGAAAGGUAAUUUGAAUCUGAUCCCUUAAAGGGUUUGAUAAAGUGCAAUGGCGCGAAGUGAAUGCGUUUUUUUUAAUUCGUAAAUCGACAAGAGAUUUAUCAUUGGGGCGCUCUUUUUCACACCUCUUCGAUUCAUUUUUUUCAAAUCUUCUUUCUUCUCGGACAUUGGUAACGCGAAACGGACGGGCUCCGGGCCUUCCUGAGCAGUUGUAGGGAUCACUUAAGAUUUCUUACGCUACUAAAAUGGUCACUAGUAAUACCCCGACAAGUCCGAUUUGCGUCUUUUUCGCGUUACAUAUGUCCAAAUUCGUUUAUUCUUUUCGGGAGUUUUUCAUGCCCUUUAUAAGCUAUUUUUUUUUACUUCAGAUAAUUUUGUUUUAACGCAGAGUUUCAACUUUUUUUUCUGACACGAGACAGGGUUGUGCGAGGGCCAGCUCGUCAGCCCAACGGUCAUUUUCUGAGCCCGGGCCAGGCUGAGCGAAGUCUCAAGCAAGAACAGACCCAAAAAGCUCCAUUUUUCUUCAAGUCGAACUUCAAUUUUUCAUUACGACAAAAAUUGUUUUUCUAGGUAUUUUUAUAGUCAAAGUAUAACAAAAACUACGAACUUGAAAAUAAGCGUUUUCCCAUGAGAAAUUUGGGUUUGGAUACAAAUUUUUUUUCAAAACAGUCUCAAAUUUUUUUUUUUUCGCACCUUUUUGCACCUUUUUUUUUCGGCUCCUUCGCAAAACUUAGUCUAGCCAGACGCAAAAGCUCGGACCUCGGUACCGCAAGCCGUACGCGCCCCGGACUUUCCUGAGCAUUUCUAAUAAUUCCUUCAGCGGCUUCAGCACUUCAAAGCUUACUAGAAAGUCUAAAAAACGUCUGGGACGAGUCCGAUUUGCUUUACCGUGGUCCAAGCAAUUGAAGCUUAAAGCAAUGAAGCUUGUGCGGGCUCGGACUAAGCCAGGCCUCGAAAACAUUAUCAUCCUAACUCAAAAUUUCUUUUAAAAAACGAUUAUUUCUCACUUGUUUCAUUAAAGUCUAUCAAAAGUUAUGGAAAUAGACGGAGACCGAUAGUUUGACAAUCUGGACCUCGCACAAGCCUGGCUCGACUGCAUUGAACAGGUUUUUGCAACUUUUGUACUAUUAAGAGACAUUUUGUGAAUCAAUGUUAUUUCUUUUCUUCUUUGCGAUUCAACACAGAACAAAAAACCCUCAGCUGCUUUUAAGAACUUUGGGCUGGUACCUGGUAUUGUCUAGUCUCGCAGUUGAUCUGUCCGCCUUGAGCCUAGUUCAAAAACGUCGUCGCGCAUUUGAUUGAGAGAAGCGAACUUCUUGCAUUUCACUGAAUUUUCAAAGAUAAACGACUUUAAAACGCGGAAAAAAGGGUAUAAAUACAAAAAUCGAAUAAAAAAGAGCUGAUCGUGAAGUAAAAUUAUUUUUUUCAAAGCCAGAGUGUCUACGGCUUUUAAUCAUAAUCGAUUAUUUAUUGCGAUAAAAAUUUUUACAAAAUGAUUAAAACCGCCGAAUCUGGCGUGAGUUUCUAACAAUCACAUAUUUCUAAAAUUUUUAUAUAUCUCGGGCAUAGUCGAAAUGGCGGAUAAUGACCGCUAAAUGAAAAGGCUCGAAAAAAGACGCAAGGAGGCCGCAAAAAGAAUUCCUUUAUCGAACAUUCUAUUUUUUCUGGGAUUUCAAAGGCUCAAGAAAUGGUGGAAAAGGGAGCAGCAGCAAAAAUGGUGCAUAAGAGCCGAUGGAAUGGCGCGAAAAGGCAGCAAAAAAGGAACAUUUCAAUAGAGCCUUUUCCAUUCUUUCCGAUUUUGCCUAUGCUAUCAGAUCAAGGUUUUUCUGGCCUUAAUUCAGCGUUAAUAAUUUAAAGCCCUUUUUUUCAUCAAAAAAUUUUUAAAAUAUGCAAAACCUCACCUCAAUUGUUCCAGUAGUCGGUAGAUUAUUUUUCCAAUUUUCCGUGGUAUGCUUCAGACGUUCUUUCUGAAUGAUAUAAAAUUAAAAAACAAUCUUUAAGACAUCAAACUGCACUAUUUGAAGUUGCCGUUGAACCUCCAUGGACUGAUCCGAUCAAGUUUGUUGAAAUGUUCCUGCAAUAAUUUCAAGAUUGAAAAAAGCAAGUCGAUUUCAUUAUUAGAAUCGGAGUGUUUUGACUAAUUGAUUAUGUUAAGUCAUAAGUGAGUUAGGAAAGCUUUAUUCAGUCAGAAGAACUAACUAGGCGGUGCGCUAGAGCUCCGCUCGGCCUUGUCAUAACUAAUCCUAGACGCCGAAGGCCGUGACGGCAUUUUCCGCGGGGGUCCCAUCAUCGCUUUGUCAGUAUCGCGCUGCCAACAGUUUCUGCUUCGGCCACUGAAAUGGGCUUCGGCGUGACUUUGCGUAUCCAAUUCGCAAGCGAAAAGGAUCGGCACUCCGGGAGUCCCGCGGGCUUAACCUACUAGCGCUUAUAACUCAGAAACUUAUUUGGGAAGUUAGAAGUUUAAUGGAGAUUCAAAACUUAUCUUGACGUUGAAUGAAGCGAGACGAGUCGUGAGGGAGGCAGAAAUGAUAUUUGAAACCAGGUAACAAAAAGAAAUGACGCCUUGUCACGUGGUUUUUUGGACGUGUUAAUUUUUUGGAUAUCAAGGAAAUGAAACCUUGCCACGGGGUUCACGUUUUCUUUUUAGCAGAGAAUGAAUUUUUUAUUUUGAAUAAAAUUUUGGGUCACAUGACGCAAAAGGUAGAGCCAGUGGAGUCACUUGAAAACUUUUUGAAGUUUAAAUUUUUUUAAAUUUUUUUGGACUUUCUUGUUUUUUGCAGUUUUUUUAUUUUUUUAUUUUUCCUCUUGUAGAUAAAUAGUUCGUGUAACUUAGAGCCAAAUUGAAUUUUUCAGAUGCAGUUUGAAAUUUUUUUAUAAUAGGACUGUGAAAAAAAUUUAUGUACCAAAUCGAAAAAUUUGCAAAAAAAUACCGAAGGCUAAAAAAACUCGUUUCGUUUCAUAUUAAACAAUAUUUUGCUCAUAACAUAUUUUUGGAUUCAGGUUGAAUAAAACGUUUAAACUAAAGUUUACUCGAAAAACACGAAUUCUCAAUUUUUUCAAAGUUUCAAAGCUGCAAAAUUUCUACAACGCUUCCUGAAAAGAAAUCAAACAAAAAAGAUUUUUUUUUCUGCAAUACUUUUUGCAACAAUGAAUAUGGACUUUUGUCAUUUUCUCCUUUCUUCUUUUCAUGUUUCCGCUUUUUUUUUUGCUUCCUGUUAUGUUGAAUCUUUUUUCCUUUUAUGAGAAUUGUUUCAAUCAGGUUUUAAAAAUUGAAUCUUCUCUGGGAAAUGAAAAUUUUCUCAUUGAAAAUAACCUUUUCUCCAUUUUCAGCUGAUAUUUCUUCUGGUUUCUCACGUUUUUCUUGUUUUUCCACGCAAUGAUAUAUAUUAAUAAGUUCAGAUCGAGUGGAUUUCCCCGAUGUUCUCAUCGGAAGGCCGACGUCUCCUGGGCGACGAGUUCUGUGAUAAAUUUGUUAAUCCGCCACGCGACGUGCUCUUCCGGGCGUUCAAGUAA